GGGCUGCAGGGGGAGGCCGCGGCGGGGAAGAUGGCGGACGGGAAGGCGGGAGAGGAGAAGCCUGAGAAGCCGCAGCGAGCCGGAGCCGCCGGAGUUAAUUCAUGGGAGCCUCUUGUACUGCCACACAAUCUCAGUUCCUGCUGUACACUCUAACAAGCAGUGAAGAGACUGUUGGGUCAGUAGGUGACAGCUGCAGAGGUAUCUUCCUUGUAAAGAUGCUUUUUGAGGUUGCUGCUCCCAUCAAUCUGCUCAGUAAAAAUAGCUCAUCUUGGUAAGUUGUUUCGACUUCACCAGGACCUGAAGAAGAAGCAGAAAAACCUGUGAAAACUAAGACUGUUUCUUCCAGUAAUGGAGGGGAAAGUUCCAGUCGCAGCGCUGAAAAGCGAUCAGCUGAAGAUGAAGCUGCAGACCUCCCAACAAAGCCUACAAAGAUGUCCAAGUUUGGAUUUGCCAUAGGUAGUCAGACGGCAAGGAAAGCGUCCGCCAUCUCCAUUAGACUCGGAGCAAGUCCUAAGGAAACAGUUCCAACUCUUGCUCCAAAAACUCUUUCGGUAGCAGCAGCUUUCAAUGAAGAUGAAGAUAGUGAGCCAGAAGAAAUGCCUCCAGAAGCAAAGAUGAGGAUGAAGAAUAUUGGAAGGGACACACCAACAUCAGCCGGACCAAACUCCUUUAAUAAAGGAAAGCAUGGCUUUUCCGAUAACCAGAAGCUGUGGGAGCGAAAUAUAAAAUCUCAUCUUGGAAACGUCCACGACCAAGACAAUUAAGUGAAGUGUUCUGAGAUUGGGGUGCGGGUGGGUGCAGUUAGAAGGAGCAGUCUCCUUUUUGUAGAGAAUGGUGUAAGACUAGCUUUGGAGCCGUUUUUCUUCUUUUUUUUCUUUUCCUUUUUUCUUUUUUUAAAGAUUGAGUGGUACACUAAUAAAUGAGAGUUUGCAAUUAGAGGUAAUUUAUGUUUUAUAUACAGAUUUCAAGACAUUUGCUAAUUUUGUAGUUUCACAUGAUUAGUUUCCAAGGGUUACAGAUAAUAAAGAAAUCAGAAGUGGUACCUUUCUAAGAAUUGCAUAUUUUUUUAGACACAACUUUUAGCACAUUAAGAGGGAAGCCAAAAGUUAUUGUCUCCGACUCUCCCCUCAUAACCUGACUGGCUCCCUGGAACAGCCUUACCGAGAGGGAGUAUUGGAUUGUUACUGGACUAUUGACUGAGAGUAAAUUUAGAUAAGGUUAGAAUGAACCUUUUCCUACGGGCAUUUCAUUUGUUCUGGGCCAUUAUAUGCUAGUACUGCAUCGCUCGCUCGCUUGCAGUGGGUACAGACGCUUUGCUCUGUAAACGUUUUUUUUGUUAAAAAUCCUUAUAUGAAGUAUUGAGUAUUAUAAUUAGCCCACUUUAAUGGAGCGUGUCUCUGUUCAGGAUUCUUCAGAGGACACUAUUUGCUACCAAAGUCAAUCAGUAUUUGGACUGUGCUUCUCUUGGUUUCUAUUCUAGUUCCUGUAAGCAUUUCCACCAGAACUUGAGGCAAAACAGAAGGAAGCUGUUUCUUUUAAAGUACAAACACCACCAAAAAUAUCAGUGUACUUACUGCUUUAAGUAUUUGGCUGGCUUUUAUUUUUUAAAAGGUUUAAGUACCAAAAGGAAAAGAGGUAUAACGUUGUAUAAAGACAGAUGAGGCAACACACCUUCUGUGGCUUUUGAAGCAUUUACGUUGCUAACUUACUAGAAAAUUUCUUACUUGUACAACUUCAUGGCUUAUUUUAAGUAUAUACAUACUGGGCAGUGGUUUCAAAAGCACAUUUAGUGACUGAGAUAAGACAGAAAUGCUUCUUCAGACACAUUGUCAUUGUGAGUCUCAUCGCACAUGCUCUUUAGAGUUCUGUAUGUAGGAUGUUUGUUUUGUAUUUUUGUAUUGUAUAUGGGCUUUUUAAAUGUGACAGUUAAAUGCAUCUUUAAUAGUCACAGACAAAAGAAAUGAUAAAAUGUCCUUGAGAAUUACAAUGUUAAAUUUGGAGGCAGCUUUGAUGAGUUUCAUGGGUGGUGAUAAUUCACUAGGCAGUUUUUAUGUAAUGACUUCCAAGAAGCAGCCUGCAGAUAUUUCUAACACUUUGUUCACUACAUUUUAGUUUACUUAAUAAGCCCCAAGUAAAACGAUGGAAAUGUACAUAUGCACUAUUAGUUCAUACAUGAUUUAAGUAUAUCAAGAUACAUAAAUUUAACUUUUAUGUCUGCAAACUGUCCAUUUGUCCAUUUUACUGUUUGUUGAAAUAACACCUCUCCUACAUAUUCUUUACUUGACUUGAAUAACAAUUUAACCUGAGGUCAAGAUGGAGAGAGACGACUGAGCUGAAUGUCUUUACUAAAAUUACAAUAAAUUUUGUCAAACUUG